AUGGGACAAGAAGAGGCGAAGGUAAUUGAAGGGCCAGAGGGUGGAUCGCUCUCUGACUCUCGCGAUCAAGACCAAAGCAAGGAUGAAUCACCUCGUAAAAUUCACGGUAUAAAGUGGUUCCUAGUAAUCGUUGCGCUGCUUUCCUCUCUCUUUUUGUAUGCGCUCGACAACACUGUUGUUGCAAAUGUACAGCCCAUGGUGGUGACAACAUAUGGCCGCGUAGAUUUACUACCGUGGUUGGCAGUUUCAUUUGCGCUCGCUUCGGCCGCUACAACCCUACCUUGGUCAAAAGCAUAUGGUAGUUUUUCGGCGAAAAAGCUAUAUAUCGGCGGAACGACGGUAUUCAUGGGUGGCUCAGCGCUGUGCGGCGGCGCUCCUGAUAUUCAAUCCUUCAUCAUUGGGCGCGCAAUCGCAGGUGCUGGUGGGUGCGGCAUGUAUUUGGGCCUUCUGACCCUCUUGUCGGUCACAACUACAAACACAGAACGCCCCAAAUACCUUAGUCUCACAGGGUUGAUUUGGGGUAUCGGUACAGUUUUGGGACCCGUGAUAGGUGGAGCAUUCGGGGAGAGUAAAGCAACAUGGCGCUGGGCAUUCUAUCUCAACCUUCUUGUGGGCGCUGUUGUUGGCCCAAUCUAUAUUAUCUUACUCCCCGAUUUCAAACCACAAAAAGGAGUUCCCACAGUGAAGCGCCUGGCCAACCUCGAUUACCUUGGAGCUUUCCUUUCCAUUGGCAUGUUAGUCUGUCUUAUUAUGGCCAUGAAUUUAGGCGGUGUCCUAUGGACCUGGGAUAGUGGAAAGAGCAUAGCGCUUUUCGUUGUGGCUGCUGUCUGCUUGGCACUUUUUAUUGCACAGCAAUACUUUCACAUUGCAACCAACUUCCAAAACCGGAUGUUUCCCAUGCACUUCUGGAAGAACCGUUCUCUAAUAAUCCUCUUCUUCACUAUGAUGCUGGCAACUUUCGGAAGUUUUAUCGGCAUUUACUACCUCCCGAUAUAUUUCCAGUUUACUCGUGGAAUAACCGCAGUGCAAACUUCAGUGAAAUUGCUACCCUUCAUCCUUUUUCUUGUUGCCUUUAACCUCAUAAAUGGCCAAUUCAUGGGAAGAACUGGAUAUUACUACCCGUGGUAUAUUGCGGGCGCAGCAUUGGAACUGAUUGGUGGCGUAUUACUUUAUACCGUGGAUGUAAAAACUUCCGACGCGAAAAUAUAUGGGUACACCAUAAUACUUGGCACGGGCGUUGGCUGUUUCUGCCAGGCAGGUUUUGCAGUCGCACAGAUGAAAGUCAAACCCGACGAAAUCCCCUUCGUCGUUGGGUUCAUGACUGUCGGGCAAAUGCUGGGGAUUGUAUUAGGAACUGGUAUCGCAGGUGCUGUCUUCGUCAACUACUCGGAGCAAGCCCUGGCAAAACUUUUUCCACAUGCAAGCAAGACCGAGAUAUCCAAUGCUAUUGCAGGUGUUGGAAGCAAUCUUAUCAGGUCUGCGGGUACCGAAACGGCCGCCAAAGCUAUUGAAGCUAUCACUCGGGCUAUUCAGCUCGCAUAUAUCCCCAUUAUUGCCGCGGGGGGUAUCUGCCUCAUCUGCAGUGUGUUUAUGAAACGGGAGAAAAUAUUUGUAUAA